AUGCAUCAACAGCCUAACACAAAGGACUGUGCUUCCGAGGCUAUUGGUGGAGCACACUAUGGUCCUGUUCAAGUCUACCUAGCCAAAGUCUCAGACGCUGCUUCAGCUGUUGGUUCUUCGGCAGGAUGGUUCAAGAUUUUUGCCGACACCUGGGCAAAGAAUCCUUCUGGGAGCAGUGGAGACGAUGAUUACUGGGGCACAAAAGACCUUACAACCUGCUGUGGCAGGAUGAACGUCAAGAUUCCUACCGACAUCGCACCAGGAGACUACCUUUUGCGCGCUGAGGCCCUCGCAUUGCACACGGCAGGCUCGUCAGGGGGUGCUCAAUUCUACAUGACAUGCUAUCAGAUUACCGUUACCGGCAGUGGAUCAGCUUCUCCUGCAACUGUCAAGCUACCUGGUGCUUACGCUGCUAGUGAUGCUGGCAUUCUGGUCGACAUUCACGCGAGGAUCGACCAAGAGCGCCGGUGCAGCUUGCGCGGGCUGCGAGUCAACCUGUGCCGCUACUUCGGGCCCAAGUGGCACCGCAGUCAUUCCAUCGACGACAGCUGCUCCCACAACGCUCACAACCACUUCCAAGGCAACCUCGUCUGCAACAACGACGAGUGCUUCAUCGGGAGGUGGCUCCAACUGCGCAGCGAAAUAUGCACAAUGUGGCGGCCAGGGCUGGACAGGCGCUACGUGUUGCGUGUCAGGCAGCACUUGCUCUGCUACCAACCAGGACGCUACGCCGCGCGUUACUCGGUCAACUCUUCCCAUGGUGUCGACGCACAAUUGAAGUCUUCCAUCGGUGGACCUCUUCAAUGUCAUAUUACUUCGACAAAACUGAACUUGUGGUUCGAAGAGAUGGAACGUCGAGUGAAGCUGGGUACCUUUCUCAUGCAAAUAUUUCUGCAGCCCUGA